GCGGGGCGGGGCGGUCCCCCGAUCCCUCCCCUAGGGCGCCCUGGCCUGACGGGGCUGGUCUCUUUCCGGGGAGCUGUGGCCUGGCCCGUGCCGCGGUGUUGACGCUGCUCCGGUACCCUGGGUCCGAUCGCGCGCGCGCGCGCGUGCAAGUGCGCACAGACCUCGCCGCAGCCACCGCCGCGAUGCGCACCGAGGGUCUGGGCGGCCUGGAGCGCUUCAGCAGCCCGGGCAAGGGUCGGGGACUGCGCGCCCUGCAGUCCUUCCAGGUGGGCGACCUGCUUUUCUGCUGCCCGGCUUACGCCUGCGUGCUGUCGGUGAGCGAGCGCGGUCACCACUGUGAACACUGCUUCGCCAGGAAGGAGAGCCUAUCCAAAUGUGGCCGCUGCAAACAGGCCUAUUACUGCGAUGCCGAGUGCCAGAGGGAAGACUGGCCCCUACACAGACUCGAAUGCACCCCCAUGGUUGUUUUUGGGGAGAACUGGAGUCCUUCGGAGACAGUACGGCUGACAGCCAGAAUUCUGGCCAAGCAGAAGCUGCACCUCGAGCGGACACCAUCGGAACGGCUGCUGGCCGUGAAGGAGUUUGAAUCCCACCUGGAUAAGUUGGACAAUGAGAAGAAGGAGCUGAUCCAGGGAGACAUCACGGCCCUUUACCGCUUCUACUCUCGGCAUCUGGACUUCCCCGACCAUGACAGCCUCAUGGUGCUCUUUGCACAGGUGAACUGCAAUGGCUUCACCAUCGAGGAUGAGGAACUGUCGCACCUGGGAUCAGCCAUCUUCCCCGACGUUGCCUUGAUGAACCACAGCUGCUGCCCCAAUGUCAUCGUGACCUACCGGGGCACACAGGCAGAAGUGAGAGCCGUGCGGGACAUUGGCCCAGGGGAGGAGGUGUUCACGAGCUACAUUGACCUCCUGUACCCCACGGAUGACCGAAAUGAACGUUUGCGGGACUCAUAUUUCUUCACCUGCCAGUGUCUCGAGUGCACCAGCCAGGACAAGGAUAAGGCCAAGGUGGAGAUUCGGAAGCUGAGCGACCCUCCACAGGCUGAGGUGGUGCGGGACAUGGUGCGUUACGCGCGUGCUGUCAUUGAGGAGUUCCGUAGGGCCAAGCACUACAAAUCCCCAGGUGAGCUGCUGGAGAUCUGCGAGUUGAGCCAGGAGAAGAUGGGCUCCGUGUUUGAGGACAGCAACGUAUACAUGCUUCACAUGCGUUACCAGGCCAUGGGCGUGUGCCUGUACAUGCAGGACUGGGAGGGUGCCCUGCGCUAUGGCCAGAAGAUUAUCAAGCCCUACAGCAAACAUUACCCGCUGUACUCACUCAAUGUGGCAUCCAUGUGGUUGAAGCUGGGACGCCUCUACAUGGGUCUGGACAACAGGGCGGCUGGCGAGCGGGCCCUGCGCAAGGCCCUGGCCAUCAUGGAAGUGGCCCACGGCAAAGACCAUCCCUACAUCUCUGAGAUCCAGCAAGAGAUCGAGAGCCAUUGAGGCCCUGUCACCUUUGAGCACUUUUCCUUGGGCACUUUGCUCUCAUGGCAGUGCUCUGCGCACACCUCAGAAUAAAGAGGAGCUGAAGCGCA